AUGCCUUUUGCGCAACUAGUCCUCGGCAGCCCAGGCUGCGGAAAGAGUACCUACUGCGAUGGCAUGCACCAGUUCCUGGGCGCUAUUGGGCGAGCCUGUUCAGUCGUUAACCUCGAUCCUGCCAACGACCAUACAAACUACCCUGCAGCACUUGACAUUCGCAACCUGGUCAAGCUCGAGGAGAUUAUGAAAGAUGAUAAAUUAGGACCUAAUGGUGGCAUCUUGUAUGCCCUUGAAGAGCUGGAGCACAAUUUCGAGUGGUUGGAGGAAGGACUGAAAGAGUUCAGCGAAGACUACAUUCUUUUCGAUUGUCCAGGCCAAGUCGAACUAUAUACACACCACAACUCCUUGCGAAACAUAUUCUAUAAGCUCCAGAAGAUUGGAUUCAGGUUCGUCUGCGUCCACCUCUCCGACUCCUUCUGCCUCACACAACCGUCACUAUACGUAUCGAACGUCCUCCUUUCCCUCCGUGCCAUGAUUCAGAUGGAUAUGCCACACAUAAACAUUCUCUCCAAGAUCGAUAAGGUCGCCGAUUAUGACGAACUCCCUUUCAACCUCGAUUACUACACAGACGUGGACGACCUUACAUAUCUGACGCCCCAUCUCGAGACCGAAUCACCCGCUCUAAGAAGUGAGAAGUUCGGCAAGCUCAACGAGGCGAUCGCGAACCUGAUCGAGAGCUAUGGUUUGGUGCGCUAUGAGGUUCUGGCUGUCGAAAACAAGAAGAGCAUGAUGCACAUCCUCCGUGUCAUCGACCGUGCUGGUGGAUACAUCUUUGGCGGUGCUGAAGGAGCCAAUGAUACCGUCUGGGCAGUUGCUAUGAGGAAUGAGUCGUCCAUGCUGGAGGUGCAGGAUAUCCAAGAGCGCUGGAUCGACCAAAAGGUGGAAUAUGAUAAGAUGGAGCGCGAGGCCGAAGAAGAGCAGGCUCGCAUCCAGGAAGAACAAGCCAUGGAGAUGGAGCAAUCACAGCCAUCUGCUCCAACAGGUGGCAUGGAUCCUGAUUUUGGCGACAUGUCGGUACCCAAAGAUAGUGGGAUCAAGGUAGUUAGAAAAUAA